AUGUUGUUCUCAAAAAGACUAUUCGCCGGUCUGACGGCGUUGGCAACAACAGCAUCAGCGCAGACAUAUUCAUCGUGUAACCCCCUCCAACAAACAACAUGUCCCGCUGACCCGGCGCUUGGCAUGGCCAUUCACGUCGACUUCACCCAGGGCGCUGUCAACUCCUUCGCCGCCUCCGGAAACCCGACAUACGGCUCCGAUGGCGUAACAUUCACCGUCGCCGCCUCGGGACAGGCACCGCAGCUCAUGUCCCUCUUCUAUAUCAUGUUCGGCCGCGUCGAAAUCACCCUCAAGGCCGCCACCGGCGCCGGCAUUGUCAGCUCGUUGGUCCUGCAAUCCGACACCCUCGACGAGAUCGACUUGGAGUGGCUCGGCGCCGACCCGACAGAGGUGCAGUCAAACUACUUUGGCAAGGGCGACGUGACGACGUACAACCGCGGCCAGUUCCACCAGACGGGCAACAAUCAGGAUAAAUUCAUGACGUACGCCGUCGACUGGACCUCGGAGCGCAUCGUCUUCUCCGUCGACGGCACCGUCGUGCGCACGCUCACGGAAGCCGAGGCCGACACGAAUCAGUACCCGCAAUCGCCGAUGCAGGUGAAGUUCGGCUCCUGGUCCGGCGGAGACCCGGCCAAUGCCCCGGGGACCAUUGACUGGGCCCGCGGCCCGACGGACUUUAGCAAGGGGCCCUUCCACAUGGUUGUCAAGGACGUCUCCAUUACCGACUACUCUACCGGAAAAGAGUACAAGUACACCGACACCUCGGGCAACUGGGGCUCCAUCCAGGCCGUCGACGGCCAGGUCAACGGCAACCUGGGCAAGGCGGGCCAGAUCACCUACACGGCCAGCGCGGCCGCCGCGACGGGCUCGCCCGGGCCCACGGUGCCUAGGGGCGGCAUCGGCGCCGACGAGUCGGCUUCCGCGACGCAGACGGGCUGGCCCUGGGUCGCCAGCGGGAGACCUACCGGUGGUUCUGUGCCGGACGGCUGGCGCAUGAACUCUGAGGGCAAGAUCAUUCCCGACGGCGCCGGAAGCUCGGUGCGUCCUUCGUGCCUGGUCGUGCUAGUGUCCCUUGCUGUUGGUGUUGUCGCCUUGAUGGGGCGGUGA